CCUUUCUCUACACAUUCCACAGAGGACCUUUUUUUAUCGUGAGGUGUGAAUUGUUACCUCGUCAUAUUAUCAGGCUUCCUAUGGGUUUCUGACGUGUGGUAGCACACGGGGUGUAGGAUCGGGCCGAGGUGUCCCUUAGCAAGUAUUCAUUCAAGGCUUGGGCACUUUUUCAGGGUGGAUAAAAUCAAACAUGGCGGAGCAAAUAAGCGUCAUGACAACGGUUUGGUUACGAUCCCCCCUCCUCCUCGAGGCAUAUAUUUCUCAUUCAGGCAGCCAAAAGGCACCUACUGAAGCGCAAUUUGCACGUAUUUAAAAAAAAAAUUGCUAUCAUUGCUAUAUCAAAAUUGAAAUGCAAUUAAAUACCUAUAAUUAGGUCAUACUCACAUCCAUUUACCUAUUUGAUUAAUGAGGGAAGAAAAAAUGCCCAUUAUCGUUUUCUUUCCUUAAUAAUUUCUGCACUUCAGUAUCUAACAUUUUUAAACCCGCUUAUAAAUAAAACACAACUAUGUUCUCCAUGGUUGGUCUUGGUCUUGGUGAUGCUUCAGACAUCACCUUGAAGGGCCUAGAAACCGUCAAGCGGGCUGAUAUUGUCUUUCUUGAGGCCUACACCUCCUUUCUCAUCAAUAGCAACGCCGAAAAGCUUAGCGAGCUGUAUGGACGUCAAGUCUUGGUCGCAGAUCGCGAGAUGGUUGAAAGUGGUGAGGUGUUGGAGGAGGCGAACCGUAAGAAGGUUGUUUUGCUUGUGGUAGGGGAUGUUUUUGGCGCCACCACGCACUCCGAUUUGGUAGUUCGCUGCAAGGAGAAGGCAAUUCCGUGCAAUGUGGUGCACAACGCCUCCAUAAUAAACGCGGUUGGGUGUUGUGGAUUACAACUUUAUCGAUUUGGACAGGUUCUUUCGCUUUGCUUUUGGACGGAGACGUGGCGGCCGGACUCGUGGUAUGAGCGCCUCAAGAGUAAUCGAGAAAGUGGACUUCAUACCCUGCUUCUUCUUGAUAUCAAAGUUAAAGAGAUGUCAGAUGAGGACCUCGCGCGUGGCCGGAAAGUCUACCAACCACCUCGCUACAUGACUAUUAAACAGGCAAUCGAGCAGGUUUUGGAGGUGGAGCAGAAGAAGAAUGGAGGUGCUAUAGCGGCAGAUGGGAGCACCUUUGCCGUCGGCCUCGCUCGCAUAGGUUCCUCCAGCCAGCAGGUGGUUGCCGGCACUAUGAAAGAGCUUCUGGAGAUUGAUUUUGGCGCUCCUUUGCACUCGUUGGUUAUUGCCGGGGAUAUUCAUGACUGCGAAUCGGAGCAUGUGAACCUUUUCCGUAUAAAUAAUAGCAACUAA